AUGGAGCGUGUGACCUCGUCGUGGCUGCCGCCGCUGCUGUUGGUGCUGCUUCUCGUGGCCGCAUCCGGCGCCCACGCCGACCCGCAGGUGCCGUGCUACUUCGUGUUCGGGGACUCGCUGGUGGACAACGGCAACAACAACGACAUCGCGUCGCUGGCGCGGGCCAACUACCCGCCCUACGGCAUCGACUUCGCCGCCGGAGCCACCGGCCGAUUCAGCAACGGCCUCACCACCGUCGACGCCAUCUCUCGUCUUCUGGGCUUCGACGACUACAUCCCCGCGUUCGCGGGUGCAAGCAGCGAUCAGCUCCUCUCCGGCGUCAACUUCGCCUCCGCCGCCGCCGGAAUCAGGGACGAGACCGGCCAGCAGCUGGGCCAGCGCAUCCCCUUGGGCGGGCAGCUCCAGAACUACCAGAAUUUGGUGCGGCAGGUGGUGAGCAUCCUAGGCGACGAGGACUCGGCGGCGAACCACCUGAGUCAGUGCAUCUUCACGGUGGGCAUGGGCAGCAACGACUACCUCAACAACUACUUCAUGCCCACCGUGUACGGCACCAGCCGGCAGUACACGCCGGAGCAGUACGCAGACGUGCUCGCCAACCAGUACGCGCAGCAGCUCAGGGCCCUGUACAACAAUGGCGCCAGGAAGGUGGCGCUGAUGGGGGUGGGGCAGGUCGGGUGCAGCCCGAACGAGCUUGCGCAGCAGAGCCCCGACGGCGUCACCUGCGUGGAGCAGAUCAACAGCGCCAUCGAGAUCUUCAACCAGAAGGUGGUAAACCUCGUGGACCAGUUCAACACGCUGCCGGGCGCGCACUUCACCUACAUCAACGCCUACGGGAUCUUCCAGGACAUCCUCAGAUCACCAGGGUCGCAUGGUUUGACGGUGACGAACACGGGGUGCUGCGGGGUGGGGAGGAACAACGGGCAGGUGACGUGCCUGCCCUACCAGACGCCGUGCGCCAACAGGGCCGAGUACCUCUUCUGGGACGCCUUCCACCCGUCGGAGGCGGCCAACAUCCUCGUCGGACGGAGGGCCUACAGUGCCGCGCUGCCGUCCGACGUCCACCCCGUCGACCUGCAGACGCUUGCUCAGCUCUAG